CUCUCACUGCUCUCAAUCUCUCUCCCUCACCUCGCCGUAACGCCGUUCAAUCUUCCGCCGCAGCCGCACCACUGCUCAGCUCACCGCGCCGCACCACACCGCACCGCACUCACUCUUUCUCUUCGUCUCGUUUCAGUGUGAAACUACUAUUGAACCCAUAGCAAAUAUUUAAAAUUACAAGAAAACCUCUCCAGUUUCCCUUCCAUAGCACAGCACGCGUAUACUACUCCUCCUUCACACUCAGCAAACGCGAGCGAGAACGGCAAGUUCAAUCGCAACCACACCGCACCACCUUUCACCGUCGACCGUCGCAACCCACCGCCACCGUCUGUACUCUAUUCUCAGUGCAUAUACACCCCACACCGCCACAGAAGUGAUUAAGGCCGACGGAGGAGACGUAACCAGUGGUGGAAGCAACAGCGUAGACAGAAAGAUGGAGAUAACUAUUACUCAACCUGAUGAUUUUCAUCUUCAUCUUCGUGAUGGUGCACUUCUUGAAGCUGUAACCCCUCACAGUGCAAAGCAUUUUCAAAGAGCUAUAAUUAUGCCCAAUUUGAAACCACCUAUCACUACCACAUCUUCUGCUAUUUCUUAUCGUGAAUCCAUUUUGAAAGCAGUACCCAAAACUUCCAAUUUCACUCCUCUCAUGACACUUUACCUCACUGAUGUUACAACCCCACAUGAGAUUCAACUUGCAAAAAAAAGUGGAGUUGUUUAUGGUGUGAAGUUAUAUCCUGCUGGUGCUACAACAAAUUCUCAAGAUGGUGUUACAGAUCUUUUUGGAAAUUGUUAUUCUGUUCUUGAGGAAAUGGUUGAGCAAGGUUUACCAUUAUUGGUUCAUGGAGAGGUUACAAAUCAAGAAGUUGAUAUUUUUGACCGGGAAAAGGUCUUCAUUGAAACAGUUUUAGAGCCUUUAAUUCAAAAGCUUCCACAGUUGAAGGUUGUGAUGGAGCAUAUUACUACCAUGGAUGCUGUUAAGUUUGUAGAGUCUUGCAAAGAAGGUUAUGUAGCAGCAACUGUUACACCUCAGCAUAUUCUUCUCAAUCGUAAUGCUUUGUUCCAAGGUGGCUUGCAGCCUCACAAUUACUGUCUACCCGUGCUUAAAAGAGAGAUUCACAGACAAGCUAUUGUUUCAGCCAUCACUAGUGGAAAUAAACGAUUUUUCCUUGGAACUGAUAGUGCUCCACAUGAUAGGCGUAAAAAGGAAUGUGCUUGUGGGUGUGCUGGCAUAUACAACUCCCCGGUCGCUCUAUCACUAUAUGCAAAGGUUUUUGAAGAGGCUGGUGCACUUGACAAGCUGGAGGCCUUUACAAGCUUUAAUGGACCUGACUUCUAUGGUAUCCCCAGAAACAAGUCAAAGAUUAAACUGAGGAAAUCUCCGUGGAGAGUACCUGAGUGUCUAUCAUUUCCAUUCGGAGAUAUUAUUCCCAUGUUUGCCGGUGAAACACUUGAAUGGGAGGCAUUGCUUAUUUAACCAAUCGACACAUGCAGGCGGACGUAGGUAUGUUAUACUAGUUAGUUGGAGUUGGUUGCCUUGAUAAAUGAACCUGAUAGCUUGUACCAACUGGUCACACUCAUAAAUAAUUGCAUCCGGGCCUAGCAGAAAUGUGGGCAGAAAUAAUGAUUAAACUUUCUCCUAUUUCUUUGAAAGUUUGGUAUCUUUCAGCUUAAAUAGCUGGUUGUUGAGAUAAGAAUUUAUUUGUGCAUUAAGAAAUAUGAUCAGGCAAUUGUUUUUGUUCUAAUUUUUUUUUUAUCAGUUUGUAAGUUUUACUUAUUGUCCUCAUUUCUAUUUCACAAAUCAUUGAUGUGACUUAA